CCUGAAGAUAAGGAACAAGGGGGCAGCGUCUGCCUGGCCGCGCAAAUGGAGGAGCCACUGAACAGCUCUCGUCCGCCUGUGAGGCGAUGGCGCCAGGCCUCCGUCUACUGGAACGCUGGCCGGCGCUUCUUCAGCAAUCCUCCGGCGGAAGCACGCGACUCUGAUCAGGAUGAUGAGCAAAAAGAUCUCGAGAAAAACAGUACGCUUGUGCGGCAGCCACCGGCUAGUGUUCUUCUUGGUUUGCCGGCCAGAAGCUUUCUUGUCAUCAAUCCAAUCAAGCGCACAAUAAGCCGGCUAGUUCGUGCUGUGGUCGUCAAUGACACCCCACAAGAUCAGCUUCAGGAGCAGCAGAAACGUUGCUCCAGAUAUUCCCAGAAAGCCCUCCUGUUCGCGAUCACCACGUUCGUGGCGUACCUAGGUUCCUCAUCAGCGUCGUCUUCCACUGGGAACACAGCCUUCAAGGUCGCCAUGGCGGCCUUCUUCGUCGCAAUCCCCAUUGACCUCAUCUCCGUAACGAGGACGCCAAGGUGGGGCUACACCUUGGUCUACCUCUCGUGGUUCCUUCUGGUGCUACUGUCGUACCUCCUGCUUGUGUCAUUCCACAAGGACUACCGCUGCGCCAUCAUCCCCGUGCUGCUCCUGUUCUUUGCGGCUCUCCUUCAACGCAAACUGCGGCCUAGUGUAAGGCAACAAAACACCACCAACACAAAACCUGCCCAACAUCUCGACUCCGAUGAAGGCGAUGAUCGAGCUCUCGAGAACGUCUUUGAAUGGUCAGCAGGUGUCGUCAACUGUGGCGGUCUCAUCAGCAUGAUCUUGGGACACUACAUGUAUAUGGUAGGGCCGGACCACCUCACAGAAGUAAGCAUCAUCGGGUUCUUGUUCUUCUUCACAGUUGUGCUGGGGCUUUACCUGAUGAUGGUGACAACUGUAAGAAAUGCGGAGCUUACUCUCUAUGUAGGGAUCCUCCCAGUUGUGCUGGGCUUCCUGCUUGUAGGCACGCUUAUCGCAACCGUGAUCCAGGGAGUUUGGCUUUCAAGGAAUGAUUCACACGUUUAAAGGAGAGCAUUAUUUUGUAUUUUUCUGCCGUAAUCAUGCAUUACAAUCUGUCAUUAUUAUAUGUGGAAUGUUGGAGUAAGGCGGAGGUAUCAGAUUUCUAUUGUUGGGUGUAUGUGCUCUGUGGUCAUUAGUAAACAAUAAUCUGUCUGUGACCUUUAGUUUC